CGAAGCGCGAGCGAUGGUGACGGAGAGGGCGGACACCUGUGCGACACAAUCAGCCGCAAGACUCUCUUCUAUCUGAUCGCCACUCUUAACGCUUCCCAUCCGGACUACGACUUCAGUAACUCCAGGAGCGAUGAGUUCAGCAAAGAGCCCAGUAUUAAGUGGGUUAUGGAUGCGGUCGACUCCAACUUCUUUAGCACAGCUGCCCGUCAGGCCUACAACUCAGUGAAGGCUCAGCUUUGGUCAGCAAUUGAUAGUGAGAUCACACUAUCCGAUUAUAAUCCUGACCUCAAUUCUGAUCCGUAUGGAGAGGACGGGUGUCUUUGGUCUUAUAAUUACUUUUUCUACUCGAAGAAACUCAAACGCAUUGUCUUUUUGACGUAUCGCGCAAUCAGCAAAAUGGAUGAUUACGAGGGCCUGUCGACCGACUACACGCCCGUUGACUUAGACAUGGAUGACGUU